CCCUCCUCCAUCCUCUCUCUCUAUAUUAAUGCAUGCAUUCUUUCCAUCUCUAUUCCCCUACACCUCUGUUUUCUGGACUUAUCUUAUGAAGUCUGCAACAAUAUCUGCAACAAAAAUCAAGUUCAAUCCUGAGAAAUAACAAUAUUCGGCAGCCAUUUCUCAUUGAUCACUAAUAACUCUUGAGCUCAGCAAUGGAAGCCACAAAUAACAAAUUAAGCCGAAGCUUUCUGAAGACCAUGCUGAUGGGUCUGAAACUCGGAGGAGUUUCAUCCAGGAAGAUGAACAUCAAAGAGAGGAAGAGAACCAUCAAGCUCUCGGCAAACAUUGCCAUGGUCUCCACCGCUGUAAGCAGAGGCAUGAACUGGAGUCGUGCAUUGAUCGCCCGUCAAGCCAAGCAUAAGAAAAACAGGAUUUUUAUGAGAAGGAUAUUGGGGAGGAAGAGGUACGAGAGCAUAACAAGGCCAUACUUUGCAUUAAAGUUUCAAAGAAUGAUGAGGAAGAGAAAGCACAUAAUGAAUUCAACUAUCCGAAGAAAAGUGCGUGAAUCAUCAAACGAACAAGAGAAUCUGGUGAACAAGAGAACAAGAAUCCUUAAACGUGUCGUGCCAGGAGCAGAGUACUUGGAUGAUUUAUCAUUGUGGAGUGAGACCAUAGACUAUGUUAUCUCGCUCCAGGCUCAGGUCAGUCUAAUGAGGCUGCUCGCAGAAACUCUUGGUGUCUAAGACCUUUGGUAAAUCUAAAGGUACUAUGAUUACAGAUAAUGAUUCAGAAGAAAUAUUUUAAAGCAAUCAGUUAACUAUAUGGGAGGAUAUAUACAUUAGUAUGUCUAUGGCUUGAACUGUAAAGCUGUGUUUACAUUUUUCUACCUUUUGAAAUGGAAAGAAAAUGGGGUAGAUUAGCCAUCAAGGGCAACCAAGUGUACAUACAUGUUUUCCUUUUUAUGUUGUGUGAGAUUACUCACCUUUUAUAGAUGAAGGAGGAGCUUGAUAUGUGUAUGAUUACAAAAGCAGAGAA